AUGGUGCAGAAGAAAACCGCCGAACCGGAGGGCUUCCACCGCUCGUUCAAGGGACCGAAUCCUUUUGAGCUGGCCUUCUCCCUAGACCAGGCCCACAACGGCAACGGGGACGCCGACUUCGGCCUGGAGUGCCCAGCCCGCCCUGACAUGCCAGCGAGCCAGCCCAUCGACAUCCCAGAUGCCAAGAAGAGGGGCAAGAAGAAGAAGCGGUGCCGGGCCACCGACAGCUUCUCGGGCCGGUUUGAAGACGUGUACCAGCUGCAAGAGGAUGUGCUGGGCGAGGGCGCGCACGCCCGCGUGCAGACCUGCGUCAACCUUAUCACCAACCAGGAGUACGCUGUCAAGAUCAUCGAGAAGCAGCCGGGGCACAUCCGGAGCAGGGUGUUCCGGGAAGUGGAGAUGCUGUACCAGUGCCAGGGUCACAGGAAUGUUCUGGAGCUGAUCGAGUUCUUCGAGGAGGAGGAUCGCUUCUACCUGGUGUUUGAGAAGAUGCGGGGAGGCUCCAUCCUGAACCACAUUCACCAGCGCCGGCACUUCAAUGAGCUGGAGGCCAGCGUGGUGGUGCAGAACGUGGCCAGCGCCCUGGACUUCCUGCACAACAAAGGCAUCGCCCACCGGGACCUCAAGCCUGAGAACAUCCUGUGUGAGCACCCCAACCAGGUCUCCCCCGUGAAGAUCUGCGACUUCGACCUGGGCAGCGGCAUCAAGCUCAACGGGGACUGUUCCCCAAUUUCCACGCCGGAGCUGCUCACCCCGUGCGGCUCGGCCGAGUACAUGGCUCCUGAAGUGGUGGAGGCCUUCAGCGAGGAGGCCAGCAUCUACGACAAGCGCUGCGACCUGUGGAGCCUCGGCGUCAUCCUCUACAUCCUGCUCAGCGGCUACCCGCCCUUCGUGGGCCACUGCGGCAGCGACUGCGGCUGGGACCGCGGGGAGGCCUGCCCAGCCUGCCAGAACAUGUUGUUUGAGAGCAUCCAGGAGGGCAAGUAUGAGUUCCCAGACAAGGACUGGGCCCACAUCUCCUUCGCCGCCAAAGACCUCAUCUCCAAGCUCCUCGUGCGCGACGCCAAGCAGAGGCUGAGCGCUGCUCAGGUCCUGCAGCACCCCUGGGUGCAGGGGUGCGCCCCAGAGAACACGCUGCCCACGCCUAUGGUCCUGCAGAGGAACAGCUGUGCCAAAGACCUGACGUCCUUCGCGGCCGAGGCCAUCGCCAUGAACCGGCAGCUGGCCCAGCGCGAAGAGGACGCGGAUGGCGAGGCAGGGCCCGGCAGGCCCGUUCUCAUCCGAGCUACCUCACGCUGCCUGCAGCUGUCGCCGCCCGCGCAGUCGCAGCUGGCCCAGCGGCGCCAGAGGGCCAGCCUGUCCCGGGCCCCCGCGCCCGUGGUCCUUGUGGGCGACCGCGCGUGA